UACGUUAAAAAUGUGAAAAAAUUGGGACAACUGAUCAUGCCCUGUACUUAGCAACUGUCAAAUCUGUCAGUUUGUGUCAAGCGUUUGAAGAGCGUUUUAAAUUUUAAAAACUCAAAAAAGUACACAAAAUGUCGAAAGCACAUCCUCCGGAAUUGAAAAAAUUUAUGGACAAAAAAUUGUGUUUGAAGUUGAAUGGGGGCCGACAAGUCGUUGGUAUUUUGCGCGGUUUCGACCCUUUUAUGAAUCUAGUGGUGGACGAGAGUGUGGAAGAGUGCCGGGAUGGCAAGAAAAACAAUAUAGGGAUGGUGGUGAUCCGGGGAAACAGUAUCGUCAUGUUGGAGGCUCUAGAUAGGAUUUAGUUUGUAAUUUUGGCUUAAUCGAUAAUUAUUUGUAAUAAAAGCGUUCGAUUCUGA